GGCGCUUCUACACGCGUCACAUAUUAGAGGAGGAUACGCUCAGGAUUUGGAAUGAGCGAGAGUGGGCUAGUUGUAGCGGAACCGAGUGACCACACAAAGAUAGGUACGGUCGGCCAGCCACUCUCGAAUGUCGAGUGUAAGGUGAUUGAUGUAGAGACGGGUGUGGAGGUGCCGGCCGGUGGCUCGGGAGAGCUUCUGAUACGCUCGCCGAGUAUUAUGCUAGGCUACGUCAACGACCCGGUAAGCACCGCCAACUGCAUGGAUUCGGACGGCUGGCUGCACAGUGGCGACAUCGUGCGGUACGAUGAGGAAGGAUUCGUGUACGUCAAGGACCGAAUUAGGGACACGAUGAAAGUGAUGCGAGACGGAGUAAUAACUAUAUACCUGACAUCAGGAGUUACAUUCCUAGCGGAAAUACCGCGCACCGGAAGCGGAAAAGCACUACGCCGCGUCCUGAGGCAAACAGCGACUGAAACAUGAACAGCUAGAACAUAAUAAAAUUCCCGGAUAACUUUGCUUGCGUUAAUGUUCAUCAGCACGUUAAUACUAAAUUUUUAUAACUAUUAAUUUUUAAUUACUAAUUUUUAUAACUUUAAUACUAAAGUUUAAUACUAAUUUGACGAGUAAUACUUUAACACUAUUAAUUUUUUCCACUGACUAAAUGAUUACGGUUUCUAUUAAAAAUGCUACUUGUUCACGCGAUGUUGGUUUUAAAGCCUAUAAUGUUUCUCUAGUGUCAGCUAUUUGCUGGUUAAUGCCUACUAAUCCAGUGAACAAGAAACUGAAGAUCUUAGCCUGCGUCUAUACACAUACAGUACCUCCCAUACUAUUACGCAAUCGAUAACGGGCGUGCAUUGUUCAAACAUAUUUUAAAUGUGAUGUUAAUCCGUGAGCUAUUCGGUAAUUGUGAAUAAAAAUCCAUCACCUAACCAAAAGAACAAUUAA